AUGAAAGUCACGGCCCUCUACAUCUAUCCAGUCAAGGGACUCUGCGGCAUCCGUCUCGACACGACAGAAGUUGGAGGCCAAGGACUGCAAUAUGAUCGUACAUUCAUGGUGUGCCGCUUGGGCGCCGAUGGAGAGUUGAUCAAAGUGCAAAUGUCGGAGCAUGCCGAAUGCGCUCUCUUUCAGCAAGAUAUUGUCAACCAUCAUAUCCGCGUCAGAUAUGUCCGCCCAAAGGAGCCCGUGACGGGAUACCACGAGCUUCAAGACACGGUGCUGGAGUUUCCAGUCGAACCCGAAACGGACGGGCUCGAGAGAGCUGACAUGAAUCUUCACCAGAGCCGCGUUCUGGCAUAUCGCAUGGGCCAGAAAUAUGACGACUGGUUCACGGCCUGCUUCGGGUUCGAGACGACGCUUCUCUACAUUGGCCAGCAGCGCCGUCCCAUCCUCGGCACCUUUUCCCCGCGCAAUCCCCCGCCGGAGGAGCCCGCGCCGCAAAAGGGCUGGCUCUCAUCCCUCUCCGGCUACGUCGCCGGGAGGCGAGAGGAGGAGGAUCCCGACUGGCUCACCUUUACCGAUUGCGCGCCGCUGCUCAUCGCCACCGAGGCGUCGCUGCGCAGCGUGCGGGCGCGCGUCGCGAGCGGCGAGGUGGACAUGAUGAAAUUUCGGCCCAACAUUGUCGUCGACGGCGAGGCGGAGUGGGACGAGGACUUUUGGGCGGCGCUGUCCAUCAACGGCGCGCCGGCGCUACUCCUCACCAAGCUCUGCAACCGCUGCACCUCGCUCAACGUGGACUAUGCAAAGGGCCGCUACGGGGCUCCCGGCGAGGAGCAAGGGACCAUACUCAAGGUGCUGAUGAGGGACCGCCGCGUCGAUGCGGGCUCGCCGUACGCGCCGGCGUUUGGGCGCUACGGCUUCCUGGACGACGGCGUGGAGAGGCUGCGCGUCGCGGUGGGCGACGACGUGGCCGUGACGAGGCGCACGGAGGAGCGGCCGCGCUGGGACUGGCCGAUGAAACCCAAGAAGGACGACCCUGGCAGAUAUUACCGCUACGCGUGA